AUGGGGCAGACAUUCUGUUGCGUCCAAGUCGAGCAGUCAACGGUAGCCAUCAAGGAAUGGUUCGGGAAAUAUAAUGAGGCGCUUGAUCCCGGAUGUCACUGCUUGCCAUGGAUCUUCGGGCAGAAGAUUGCGGGUCGUCUUUCGUUGCGUGUUCAACAACUUGAUGUCCGUUGCGAAACAAAGACGAAGGAUAACGUGUUUGUCAAUGUCGUCGCAUCCGUUCAAUACCAUGUUCUUGCUGGUAGGGCCGCCGACGCUUUCUAUAGGCUUAGCAACCCGAGCAAGCAGAUUCAAUCCUAUGUUUUUGAUGUCAUCAGGGCUAGCGUCCCUAAGCUGAAUAUAGACGAUGUAUUCGAGCAAAAAAACGAUAUUGCAAAAGCCGUCGAAGAUGAACUUGAGAAGGCAAUGUCGGCUUACGGAUACAAAAUAGUUCAAACCCUCAUAGUCGAUAUCGAGCCUGAUGAGCACGUUAAGAGAGCGAUGAACGAGAUCAAUGCAGCUGCUAGGCUGAGGCUGGCGGCGAAGGAGAAAGCGGAAGCCGAGAAGAUUCUUCAGAUCAAGCGCGCGGAGGGGGAGGCGGAGUCCAAGUACUUAGCGGGCCUCGGGAUCGCGCGGCAGCGCCAGGCGAUCGUCGACGGGCUCAGGAACAGCGUGCUCGCCUUCUCCGAGAACGUGCCGGGCACUUCGGCAAAGGAUGUUAUGGACAUGGUCUUAGUGACGCAAUACUUCGACACGAUGAAGGAGAUCGGUGCCGCGUCGAAGGCCACCUCGGUGUUCAUCCCCCACGGGCCGGGCGCCGUUCGAGACGUUGCGGCGCAAAUAAGAGAUGGUCUCCUGCAGGCCAAUAACACUAUCAACUGA